CUGAUAUUACAUUAAAUGACCAGUGUGUGUGUGCGUGCAUCUUUAACUGUUAUUACAUUAAAUGACCAGUGUGUGUGUGUGUGCGUGUAUCUUUAACUGUUAUUACAUUAAAUGACCAAUGUGUGUGUGUGCGUGCGUGUAUCUUUAACUGAUAUUACAUUAAAUGACCAGUGUGUGUGUGCGUGCGUGUAUCUUUAACUGUUAUUACAUUAAAUGACCAGUGUGUGUGUGUGUGCGUGUAUCUUUAACUGUUAUUACAUUAAAUGACCAGUGUGUGUGUGUGUGUGCGUGUAUCUUUAACUGAUAUUACAUUAAAUGACCAUUGUGUGUGUGCGUGCGUGUAUCUUUAACUGUUAUUACAUUAAAUGACCAGUGUGUGUGUGCGUGCGUGUAUCUUUAACUGUUAUUACAUUAAAUGACCAGUGUGUGUGUGUGUGUGUGUGUGUGUGUGCGUGUAUCUUUAACUCAUAUUACAUUAAAUGACCAGUGUGAGUGUGCGUGCGUGUAUCUUUAACUGUUAUUACAUUAAAUGACCAGUGUGUGUGUGCGUGCGUGUAUCUUUAACUGUUAUUACAUUAAAUGACCAGUGUGUGUGUGCGUGUGUGUAUCUUUAACUGUUAUUACAUUAAAUGACCAGUGUGUGUGUGCGUGCGUGUAUCUUUAACUGUUAUUACAUUAAAUGACCAUUGUGUGUGUGCGUGCGUGUAUCUUUAACUGUUAUUACAUUAAAUGACCAGUGUGUGUGUGCGUGCGUGUAUCUUUAACUGUUAUUACAUUAAAUGACCAGUGUGUGUGUGCGUGCGUGUAUCUUUAACUGUUAUUACAUUAAAUGACCAGUGUGUGUGUGUGCGUGCGUGCGUGCGUGUAUCUGUAACUGUAAUCACAUCAAAGCAUCAAAGCGUUGGGGUCGACCAAUCAGAGCAGAGCAAUCAACGGAAUUAACAGCUGUGGAAUCUUCUGGCAGAGUGACAGCAGCCAGAGGUGGGCAGAGUGAAAUUUCUGGCCUCGAACAGAAAGCAUUUUUGGCAAAACCAUAAUACCUAUCAUUGAUCCGACUUCACUUUGAGCGUCCUGAGUUCUUCCUGAACCUCUACAUAUGUUUUUUUUUUAAGAAAAAUAAAACAAUAGCUUUGUUAGAGCGAUCUAAUAAAAACAGUUAAAUCUCACUUUUUCCGAAAUCUUCCUGCGUUUUUAAUAUGGGACCCAAUGGGGCUGUUGGUGGUUUUGGUGGCGCAUCUUUGCGUCGUACGCCCAAAUUAUAACUCUGACAGCUUUACCAGAGGAUUGUGAGUGAGAAGACAAAUUUUCCUACAUUUCUAUGUAUAAAUUAUUUCUGUAGAGUGGAAUUUGCGGCCUGGAGCGCAGUUUUCAAAUUUAUUUUUUGACAGUUUUACCUCUCCCUCUACACUCUGAGCGAUGACAUCACACACUCUGACACGAACAUUUCGUGCAAUACACACCCAUUAUCUCAGAAUUUCUCCAAAAAUGAUCAUGGUCAUUGAACAGGGAUUGAUAAAAAACUAUAUGACCUAUCGAAACGCAAAGUAAUACACCAAUACACAAGACUUGUGUCUACUGUUUAAAGUUUAAAUGGAGUCUCUAGGUGAAAUUAUGCCGGAGAAGUAGACGUCUGAAAAUCUUCAAUUAAUGUUCUUUUUUGCUCAUUUUCUUUCGGCCGUCCCAUUCAUUUCAAUGCAAAAUUUUGGGCAGUUUUUCGCGACUUACGUCGCACAGUAUAACAGUAGUGCAGCACUGGUCCCUACAGAUAUUGCUGUAUGGGACCAGUGCUCGGUGCGAUUGCCCCGAGGCCCUAAUAAAAUCCUCAAAGCACACAUGUUGACUCCUGUAGUAAAUUUCUAAUGUAGUUAAUUUCAAUAUUUUAAAAGAACAACAUGACAUAUGCACACCUUCUGGUCAAACAAUUCACAUUUUAAUGAAUCUAAUGCCGUGCCCCCUGACAUGUUUUGGUGUUUUCACACUAAUGUAAUUAAGUAUCUCCAUUUGUUUCACUGCUUUGACAUUUUGGAGUUACUAAACUAAUGAGGCGGUGGAUAUUUCUCAGGAGAACCCUGAAAGUGAAUGAAAUGACCCUCCCUCCCAUCUCACGCUCUGUAUAAAACACAGGCAAUGUUGGGAAUCUGACAGAGGAGCCUUGAACACAGAGCAAACCCACAACAAGAUCAUUUUCAAGGGUCGCAUUAUCAUUCUGACCGUCCUCCAGGACUCGCUGUGAUGUCGCUGAGUAUUCUGGCUCUUUGCCUGCUGGCUUCUAUUCACUCUGGCAUCAAUGCGUAUCCAGCCAAGCCUGCCAGUCCUCGGGAAGGAGCUCCACCUGAGGAGCUCGCCAAAUAUUAUUCUGCACUAAGACACUACAUCAAUCUUAUUACAAGACAGAGGUAUGGGAAAAGAGACACCCCAGAUACUGUGUUUUCAGGUGUGUUUAUGAGGGAGAGCACAGAAAGUAUUCCAGGAUUAAACUAUGUCAGGUAUGAUGGGCUGCCACUGUGGUGAUGCUACUGCAGAUAGACUUUACCAUAAAGCUGCUAGCGUAAUGUUACUAACAUUAAAUUAACUUGUGCUGCAUGCAAUAAAUAGUGUAAUGCAAAUUCUUUGGUCUGUGAUAUUUCAAGU